AUGUCCCGGUCUAUUUUUAGGCGAAAUACAAGCUGUAUUUAUCAAAGACGCAUGAUGCAACCAAUGACUUGGAGAAGCAUUCUCAAUAAACAACAGUAUAAUCAAAAUUUUGCUUCCGCAGCAAAUUACGGAAUUGAAUCGAAUUCAAAAUUCGUUGAUGAACAACCACCAAUUCAAACUAGUACACCGCCACCUACACCACCUACACCACCUAAUCCAGUACCAUCAGAAAUUCUCGGAGCCUCUUUACCAUUUGUGAAUCAAUAUGGAUGGACGAUUGAUACAUUAGCACAAGGAGCGAAAGCAUCAGGAUAUCCAUAUGUUAGUCAUGGAUUAUUUCCUAGAGGUGGAGCGGAAUUAAUCGACUAUUUUUUGGAUGAUUGUAGAAGAAAAAUGACACAUGAAAUUUUCGAUAAGAUGGAUAAUUUAAAGGUUCAUCAAAAAAUUCGAUUUGCGUGUGUAACUCGACUUAAUUAUACAAAGCCAUACAUAAAAAGAUGGCCUGAGGCACUUGCUAUUAUGGCACAACCAAAUAAUGUUAUAAGGUCGGUUGAACAUUUAGCGAGGUUAGUUGAUGAUAUGUGGUAUCUUGCGGGAGAUAAAAGUGCUGAUGUAAAUUCUUAUUAUCAAUUGUAUAUGGUACAAGAUACCUCACCGGAUUUCAUAGGAACUUUUCAGUUUUUAGAUCGAAGACUGAAGGAUAGUGCUACAUUUGGAAGAAUAGUUGGCGAUGUUAAUAAUUAUGUUAAUGUUGCUGUUAGAUCUGCUAUUGGAAUUCUAUCCUCGAAAGGGAUAGGCAAAUUUUAG